UGGUCACACUGCAUCCAUCCCUACACCGCUUCGUUUUUAUUUCACGGUCCAACAAAAAUACAAAAAGAAAGGGCGCUUGGAGGCUUGGUUCUGAAUUGAAUUAUCCAAAAUACAAGCCAUGGACGUUGCUACAGCAGUGCCCCAGCACACUGCGAACGAAGUGAAGCCCCAGGCAGCAAGCCAGCCGCCGGCCCCGGCGGUCGCAAAGGCAACAAACGAAAAUGGUGUACAAACAGGAGGAGCAAAAAAAUCAGAAACUAAAACUGGCUCUGAAUCAACACAUUCACAUUCCAAUAUGGUGGCUGAAAAAGUGGAGGAGAAAUCUAAGGUCGAAUUGUCCACUGAGAAAGUAUUGAUUACCAUAUGCAGUGCCGAUCGCAAGACCAAGAAGACCUUCAUGUCCUUGCCCUCGAGAAAGGAUGUGAUCGACAAGGCGCACAAGUAUGGCCUGAUGGGCCACACCAUUGUCCUGGAGACCAACGGUUGCGAGAUUUGCGAGGAUGAGGUCCUCCUGUUUGCAGCCAAGGAGAAGAUUUUGUUAAUGCUGCUGGCCGAAUCGGAUGAAUAUGUUAUUCUGCCUCCGCCCUCGCCACUGAGCCGAUCGGAGCGUGCUGGCAGCUCGGUGGAUCCCAGCUUCUAUGCCAACAACAGUAUUGUAUCGAAUGCCAAUGACUCGACCGUCUCUAACGACGAGACUCUGUCGCUGGCCAGCGUUACGCCCAGCAAUUCGAAAACGUCGGCGCUGUUCAAAGAAUUCUCGAUACCUUGGAACAAGGUACCCAACGACAUAAUGAAAUUGCUGAGAGGAAAGAGCAGCCUGGGCAAGCGCCUGAACACCUUUGGCAAUAUCCUUGUGGAGGCAUUGCGGGAACGCUCUGUGCAUAUACCCAUAAAGGUGUUUCGGCAAGUGGCCCAGCAGGCGGCCGACAAGUACCCAGACUCGCUGAUGGAAAAGGAUCGCGAGGGCCAACUGCUGGCCACCACGCCCCAGUCGCUCAUCUCGAAAAUGAUCAAUCGCAACAAUGCCCUGAACAGGCCACAGAAGCGAGCCAGCGGCUCCAGCAACUCGGGCAACUUUGAGAUACACAUCACCAGCAAGAAGCGCAAGUCCAGUGUGGGCGGCAGCUCAGCGCCCAAUGGCGAUGCUAAAGCACUGGCAGCCAGCCGGGAUCUGGAGGAAAAGAAGGAGCUGCUCAUCUCUAGCUACCGCGGCAGCACCACUGUCGAGCCAGCCACCAUAACGGAGUACAUGAAGGAAUGCUUCCCGCUGCAGCGCGCGUUCUUCAACAACAGCGAAAAGAUACCAGACAUCACAUCCAUCAAGGACAACUGGCCGUAUAUCUUUAACAAGGAGCUGCUGUACCAGCACUUUGAGCUGCUCAUGUCAAUCGACCCGCGGGUGCUAGAGAAGCGCUUGACUGGCGAAAAGGAGCGCAUAUUCAGGGUCUUCAAGGCUUCGAAGAACAAGAAGAUCAGUGCCCUGGAGGAGAGCAAUGCCAAUUUGUUGCGUGGCCUGGCCUACCAUUUCAACGAGGAUCCCGAUUACAUAUUCAAGCAGCUCGACAAGGGCCCCUAUCCCAAAGACGUGCUGCAGCAAAUGAAUCCAACAAAUGCCCCCUGGGUGGCUCUAGUCAAUACGCCCAUGACGACAGCCGAUGGUGUGGAAGCGCAGUGUGAGGCCAUGGUUUAUAUUGAGGGCCAGAUAAUGGCCCAAUUUACCGCCAAUGAUGGCGAUCUGCCCGACAUAAUUGCCCAAUUGAUCUGCUACUAUUAUACCUUCAACAUGAUGUACCCCAAGGAAGCCAAUCAAACACUCGAAUUUAUGGUCCUCUACUUUCUGCAGCAUGCCCCCGAGCAGGCGCGCAGCUCCAAAAAGCCACUCACGACCAACAGCAAAUUCAAUCAGCUAAUCGCCAAGUUGGCCAAUGCAAAUGGCUGAAAAUGCAUAAUCUCGCAUCAGCAGCAGCCGCAUCAAUCUCCACUUCCGCAAUCUCUGGAAGCCUCUCUGCAUGGAGUACACGGAGUCUCAUUUUGUUUAGUUUAUUUAUUAUUUUUGCAGACCUAUUCCACAUGUAUUUGUACCACUAUGUCUAAGAUUUACAUAAAGCGUGUAGUAAUGUUGUGUA